AUAUCGCAAGAGAAAUGAAAGAUCCAUGCAACUUCACAGCUCAAUUUACUCUAGCAUAAAAUGUAUACCAGUGGUUUAAUUCACAGCCGAAUUCUAUAUUGACCCAGUUGAUUUGACCCCAUUCUGCAAACGAGAAUAAAAUCUCAAAACCUAACAAAUGAAUCACAUUUGUUCACGCAUCAUGUUCGCUCCUAAGAGCCCUGAUUCCUAAGAGCCCUGAAAUAAGAGCGCUCUAUUUAAAAAUCCCUCUAUUGCAAUUUGUUUCAUCUAGUUUGGUGUAUUUGCUCUAACUACCGAUUAUUUGUCAACUUUCACAAUCGAAACCCAAACAAUCCUGGCUUGGCAAACUGGGUUAAAAGUACGGCAAAUUUCACUAAUUACGAUAGUUAACUGCGGGAUGUCACCAUUGUUAGAUUUGCAAACUUUCAUCAAAAUACGCACCCAAAAAUGGUAUCAACAUCUUGUUGACGAAGCUUAUACUGCUAUCGAAUCGAAUCUGACCUUUGCUAUUUAACCAUGUCAGCAUCAAACGUUUUACAAUUUGCUCAAACGGUACAUGUUCAAAGAACUAUGUGCCCAAAAUACUUGAUCACAAUAUAGCUCUAUAGUUAUCAUAUUCAAUUUUGAGAGUUAUACCUAAUUUUCCAACAAGGUUAUUAAUAAUUGUUUCCUUCUUUUCAGUUCCAAAAAAAGAAAAUUUCAUUCGAUUAAGUAAAUCAUUCCCCAAACAGAUCGAUCAAUAACCUUUUUAAUUUUUUGACUCAAUCUUACUAUGACUCAUACCUUCUUAAUUUCCUUUUUGGGAUCUUUCCAAUUAAAGCAGGUUCUAUUGUGGCUCGUUGGGGGCAAAUAAUACUCCUUGUUUAUUUCAUACACGCCCCGGGGACUGUAGGAAAACACUUUCGUCUACGAAACCACGUGAACAAAAUAUGUCACCACAAUUUGUCAUAAAUAGCUCAUUGCUGUUUAGAUUUACUACAUUGAAAAAGUCCACUUUUUGAACCUUCAUUGCUAAAUAUUUUAUUUUUGCCAUAAAAAUCACCGAAAAUUAGAUUACCUUUUUUAGUCUUUUUUUAUUAAACCUAAAAGCAAACAACUUACUACAUUAUUGGUAGUUACGUCACUUCUUGAUUCUUAGAAAUUAGACCCUCUUAGUCAUAUCAGCUUUUUUAAUUUCUGAGCACCGAAAAUCGCAGAUUAGGGCCUUUUACGUGGCCCAAAUCGAGCCAAUAAUUUCAAGUUCAUCCACCUUUUUUGUCUAAUCCUGCUAUUUUAUCCUCCUAAAUUCAAUCAAUCCAAAUUCCAUUAGACCCAAUUCUUUUACUAGUUGAAAAAUUUACAAUAUACCUUAUCUGCACUGCAAAACUAACCCUAGUGGCGUUUUCAUUCUCUACUGCACGUGAAAAAAAGGUUGCGUCACGUGAUUAAACUUAUCUCGCAGUGGUAACUUCCCUCCCUUUUCCUUCAGGACGUGUUUUGCGUAACCUUUCAAAAAUGCUCGCCCUGUUAACCAAGCGAGAUGAAAAGAAAUUUCUUCGUUCUCAAGGCAGAUUAUCUGUACAAACAAGCGUGAACAACAUCCAAAUCGCACUAGAUAAUACAUACACACCCCUCGAUUAUGCCUGUUGCGCCGUACCAAAUUCACCGUCAGAGACAGAAAUUAGAUCUCAGUCGCUGUCGCUCAUUUGAAAACAACCUGUGCGACGAAACCACAAAUUCAGAUCAAUCCUCCCCUGUCAAACCAAUCAGCCGUCAAUUAGUCACGCCUUACACGCCAAUUCCAAUGGCUAUGCCAUCCGAUCACGCGGCAGGAUCGCCGGUAGGCAUUCUGAAAAACGGCGCAUCACGUCGCGAUGACUCACCACUAGCAUCUAAACAAGAAGAUCUAUCUGACAACGAAAGCUCUUACUCAAAUUUAUCCGCAAAUAAUGGCCAACAACCACAAAACGUUCACAAAUUAAGCCAGAAAUCCUCCUUUCAUUUUCCAUUCAAGUCAGAAAGAUCGAAAACUACAAAUGACGUAUUUGCGAACAAUAACGAUUGUGGAUCGUCAUCAUCAUCAGGCGCACAACAUUCGGGAGGCUCGAACCACAAACGGCAGAACUCAUUUUUAACCAAGAAGAUUUCUAAAAUUAUCCAAAGCACUAAAACUAGUGUCUCAGAUCAAUGGCACAAACGACGAACGGCCAGUACACGCCAUGAUUCGGACCGACAUGACUCACCGAUGCGAAGCAGCGAACAAAGAAAUCGGAAUGAAAACGACUCGCGAUACAGAUCGGCCGAUUUGCUUCUCGAAGAAGAUGAAUUUCAAAACAACCGAGCUCCUAAUCGAUUGAAAAGCAGCUCAUUUGACAAUAUUUUAAGUUCAAUCAACAACAGGUAUUUCACUAUUCAAAGGAAGUCUAAAAACAUUGAUAUCAACGAGGCACUAAUUAUGAAAAUUGUUCACGAGCAGCAUAAAUCGAAGGAGGAGGCGGAACAAUUAAUCAAACUUCAAAGACUAGAAAGCUUAGAAAUUGACCGCCCUGUAUUUAGCUAUUCAGUCUACAAUAUAAGUCCAACUGGACGAAGACAAAGCAAAAAGCAGAAUCUUCAAAUCGACUUAGAUCAAGAGAGUUUGAUUAUAAUAGGUCGCGGCUGCGUCGAAAGUGAAAUUUGGCUGUCUGAUGUUAAAAAUGUCGAAAGAAAAACGUUCAUUAACGCUUCUAGCGAUCAUUGUAUUUUAAUCGAGGUUCAAAACGAGGAAAAUUUAUUGCUUGAGACUGAAAAUGCAGAAAAUCGUGAAGAAAUAAUUUGCAGGCUGAAAUCAUUUUUAAACCAAAAGCACGGAACUGAAGAAUCGUUUUCGGGCAUUUUGGAAAAGAAGUCCAAAAGUUUGAAUAUUUGGAGCAAAAAAGAGGUUCAUCUUGAAGGCUCGAAACUCUACUAUCGCAGUUUAGUCAGUCAGAAACAAAACUACAAGCGAUCUAUUGAUAUUGCAACCGGAAAAGCAGUUAUAACAUCAAACCCAAUUAAUUGUCAGAUUCGAAUCAACGACGGUUUCACGACUUUUGUUUUUCGAGAGCCAAAUAUGAAUCAUAUGGUGUUUAAUAACUGGGUGAGUAAACUAACCAAUGCCCAAAAUCUUAACUUAAAUGAAGUUAUAAGACAAAGAGACCAACAACUAAGACCUGAGGGUCUUUUUGAACGACUAUUCGAAGAAAUUUACGCCGUGAAGUUAGACUCAAAAGCAUCCAGUUAUCAUUUAAGCAGAAUGGAAGACUUUUUAAAACAAUUGCAGCAAAAUAUGGCAGAGAGGAGACCUUCAAACGUUUCUAGUAAAAGCGGAUCAGUUGUUCUGUUGACUGAAAAUCUGCAGAUAAAUCCCAACGGAAGUUGUGCGUCGUCAGUAGGAGCUGCAAGUAGUGCUAAAGAAUCAUCAGUUGAAAACUCGCCCUUUAUUGCCAGUGAAAAUAAUUCUGUUCACCAAUUAUCUCUGGACAUCAGCGCAAUAAGCAGCUCUGGAAACGAGAAAAAAGAUUCGACCAAAAGUGAAAUCGAAAACAACAGAACUUCGAACGUUUACCUUGAACUAGAAAGUGUGACUUAUUGUCCCGAAGAAACAUAUGAAAAUUAUUUAAAACCUGUUGAAAAACUAAUAACCGAAACAGAAUCAAAUUUGAGCCAGAAAUCAGAAGUUUCGCCCAAUUUUCCACCACCUCCGGAACCUUAUCAAAACAUUUCUCCAAACAUAUCCAAUCGGAGUUCGGCUAUUACGAAAACCAGUGAACCAGUUUUAGAAUCGGAUUACAGUACUUUAGAACCUGACCCAAAUGAGCCAAUAGGAAUUGUGCUAAAUGACGACUUGCCUCUGAAAAGAUCCGAAGAUUCUCGAGGCGACUCGGAUAGCCGACCUCAGUCAGUUUAUGACAACCUAAAUACAGAACCGUCAGAUGAAGAAAACAAAUCACAGCCUAGAUCAGAUUAUGAAAACAUGAGUGAAAACGAGGUCGCCAAAACGGAACAAGCAAAUAGCUCUCAUACAGCUGAAACAGAAGAAAACUUACCUCAAAAAGCGUAUGAUAGCAACGUGAUCAGUUUGAUUACUGAAGAACCGAACGAGAACCAUUACGUAAUACUUGAAGAUAUUCUAGACGAAGAGCAAGAAGAAAAAGCGAAUGACAGUCCUUAUUGCAACGAUGAAAAACAACCUGAGCCAGUUAGUUUAUCCUCACCUACGCCUUCCAUCGUCGGCAGCGAACGCUCCGAUAAUUUGACAAUCGAAAACAGCUCGGAACAAAGAUCGACUCCUGAAACUCUAGAAGCGUUCACUAGUGGCUCUGAGGUGUCAGGGCCUAUUUUAAAAUCAGAUCACUCACCGAGACCCGAAAGCUUGAGCCAAAUUUUACCACCUGCGAGAUUAGGAGGGAGCAUAGAACCGGGAUCCCCGAAGUCUUUUCCAUCGCCGCCAUCGCCCAUAAGACCACCAGUUCCUCAACCACCUGUGGUCGUUCAACCCCCAACUCCAGUUUCGAUUGGUCCACCACUACCUCCCAUGCCUCCUCCGCCACCUCAAUUUGGAGGGGGACCACCUCCACCUCCACCACCUUUUGGAGGAGCACCACCACCACCUCCCCCGCCCGCUCCCAAAUUGCACUCGCGCAAAAGUUUUCUCGGCAGCAAAAAGGGGCCAAGCUUGAAAGCAAUUCAUUGGAAAGCAAUUUCGGGAAAUGAUAAAAUCGACUCAUCGCUUUGGAAAGGCGCUGCUAAAAAUGUCACUAUAAGCGAAGCUGAAAAGAAAAAGUUGGAGUCACUUUUCAAAGUUGAAGCUAACGUAAGCAAAAAGAAGACGGCUAGAAGUUCCAACACGAAAGUGGUUUACAAUUUGGAUCAAAAUAGAGCCAGGAAUUUGGAGUUGUUCAUCAAGCGGAAAGAGUUCGAUUUGGACGAGAACCUUCUCAACAUGUACUUUUCGCUCACUGAUGUUGAGAGCCAAACUCACUUUCUGCAACAAAUCCGAGACUUUCAACCUUCAGACGCAGAUUUGAAACACUUCUCAAAUCUAACCGAAGACCAAUUAUCCGAUCUUCCCGCAGUGCAUAAAAACAUGGCUAUAAUCUGCAAAAUUCCUAACUUCAAUCUCAAAUUGGAUAUUCUACACUCGGUAACUGAGAUUCGAGAUCAGUGUUUACAAGUAGAAACAAACAUUCAAGCCGCUUUAGGCGUUUGUCGAAACUUGCAAUCUAAUGAGAAGCUGCAUACUUUGCUGCAAUUCUGUCUUUCAGUGGGAAACCUUUUAAAUGAAGGUGCCAGAAAGCCAAAAGCAGAAGCAUUUUCAAUUAUGGAUUCCUUGCCCCGCUUUAUUGAUGUGAAAAGCACUUCGCCUGAUUAUACUUUGCUUAAUUAUAUUGUAGAUCUAAUCAACUCAGAAAACCCAGCAGUUUUGGAAGUGACCGAAGAAAUUGACAUGAGAAACGUGGAAUUUCUAACAGGAGAUUUGUCACCGAAACCGCCAAAAACUGGAAAACGAGAUGGAUUCUACAUGCUUAAAACGCCUGUUGAGUUUCUAUCUAAGAGCUCAGCAAAAGCUCAGGAGUCAGUAGUGAAAAUAAAGGAAAUGCAAUUUGUUGCUAAUCAGUUGGACUUCCCUACUGAAAAUUGCCCAGAGAAAUUUUUUGUAGAGCAAGUUCAAAAACUUCUGCAACUUGACUGUGUUUUCCAAAUUAUCAAAUGCAAAGACCUUCUUUGCGAAUUGGAAAAGAGCUACAACAGUUUGCUGACGUUUUUUGCCGAGGACAAAUCAACCGACCCAGCUCAAUUGUUUUCGGUUUUCAACAGUUUUUUAGCCAGUGUUUCUCACAUAAAAUCUCAGAUGAGAUCCAGGUCGGAAUCUCCGAGAAGGCCAAAAAAUAGUUCGGGCGGCAGUAACAAAGAUGCUGCAUUUUUGAGUGAGUUGACACAAGCGACUCGCAAACUAAAAUAAUUUUCACAUAUUUCAAUCAUUUAUAUUUAAACAUUUGUAUUUAUAUUUUGAAUAGCAAAUACAAUUGACUAGCUUUAAUUCACUUCAUCUUUUAAA